UGGCCUCUCCCCUUUGGGCCUUCCUUCUCCUAUUUCUCAUAUUCCUCCUCCUCUGUCUCCUUGCAGCCAUGGUGGAGGCCUGGUACAUGGACGAAGCCCCGGGGGACCAGCGGAAGCCCCACCGGCAGGACCCCAACCAGCCCGCCAGCCUGGAGCAGCUCAGCCAGCUGGGUGUCUUCUACUGGAAAUUGGAUGCUGACAACUAUGAGAAUGAUCCACAAUUAGCAAAGAUUCGAAAAGAGAGGAACUACAAUUGGAUGGAUAUAAUAACGAUACAUAAAGACAAGAUGCCAAAUUAUGAAGAAAAGAUAAAAAUAUUUUAUGAAGAGCACUUACACCUGGAUGAUGAGAUUCGCUACAUCCUGGAAGGAAGUGGGUAUUUUGAUGUCCGCGAUAAAGACGACAAAUGGAUCCGGAUUGCCAUGGAAAAGGGAGACAUGAUCACACUUCCCGCUGGCAUCUAUCACCGAUUUACCCUGGACAAGUCUAAUUAUGUGAAGGCAAUGAGGCUCUUUGUUGGAGAACCUGUGUGGACGGCUUACAACAGGCCAGCGGAUCACUUUCCUGCUCGAGCACAGUACAAGCAGUUUUUGACACAAGCAGUACAAUAAAUGAAUGGGGAAGGCAUGAGACCUGGAGCAUCCUACAACUUUUCUUAAAUGGAAAUGGUUUCCUUAACCAUACUUACCAUUAAUGAGCUUCUUUGAUUUCUUGCAGCACUAACACAAAGAAAAUGAAUAGAAAUUCCUCAAUCAAGCUCCCUAAAUCAAUUGUCAGACUGUUGAUGAUUAUUGUUAAUUUGUGUUAAAGUAGGAGUUCUUUCUAUGCAGUUCUUGAAGUUGUAUUCCAACUGGAAUGGUCAUUUCAAGAGUUUCUCCACUUCCUUUACUGACUGUUCAGUCAAAUCCAUGGCUUUAUACAGAGCAACAGAAAUUGUGUACAGUCUCUGUUGUUUUCCACUACAUCAAGAAAAUCAAUGCAAAUUUUUACUUACCAUGUUUGAUGCAAUGCUGCUGUAAAGGAGGGACGUUGCUCUUGUACAAGUGUCCUUCUUUCUGUAAGAUCUGCAUUAUUACUAUAUAUCUUUAGUGUGGGUUAAAUCGGGUAUAACCACCACAAUGAUUUCUGUAGCUGACAAUAUUGCAACCCUGUCUUAUUCCCUAAAAUGCCUACCCAGUUCAUUAUGAUAAAUCUUUCAUAUCUGGUAGGCAAGAUAUUUCUUGCAUUGUCCAAAAUAUUGAUAUGUUAAGUGUUAUAAUUUUAUUUUUCUAGAGGUAAUAAAGACUGCUACAGCCUUA